AUGUCGAGUAGGCCUCCUUCAAGGGUCGUGUUUGUGGGAAACAUUCCAUAUGGCCUCUCCGAGGAGCAGAUCACCGACAUCUUCAGCAGCGCCGGCAAGGUAGAGCGCUUCCGCCUCGUCUACGAUUCGGAAACCGGACGGCCAAAGGGAUUUGGCUUUGCAGACUAUCCCGAUACCGACUCGGCUUCCUCAGCUGUCCGCAACCUCAACGAAUAUGAAAUCAUGGGCCGAAAGCUUCGAGUCGACUUCUCCAAUGAGCAAAAGAGCGGCGAUGAUGAUGGCCAAAACCCGGGUGCCUCGAACGGAGGCGCUGCUUCAAGCUAUAGCUCUCAAUCCGUACCCCUUCCUCCGCUUCCAGCCGGAAAGGAGAUACCGCCAGGAUUGACAUGCACCGAUGCCAUUUCAAGGACCCUCAAUACCUUGCCGCCGCCCCAAUUGCUGGACAUCUUGAGCCAGAUGAAGACGCUGGCUACGUCGGAACCUCAACGGGCAACAGAACUACUUCAACAGGCUCCUCAGCUGGCUUAUGCUGUCUUCCAAUCUCUCCUUCUGAUGGGACUCGUGUCUCCCGAAUCCAUCCAGUCCGUCGUUGAUCCGAACGCCCCGCCUCCGACCCAACUCCCAACUGCCAAUUACCCUUCGGCAGGAUACCCCGGCGCUCCUGUCGCGAAUCACACGCCCCCCGUUACGGCAAUGCCUUAUGCGCCUCCCCCAGCGAAUAACUCAGCUUAUGCUCCUCCGGCAGCGGCACCUGCGGCAGCCCCUACUGCUAUGGGACAAGAUCCUGAUGCUCUGAUGCGAGCGGUCAUGGAACUUCCCCAAGCGCAGAUUGACAUGCUCCCAGAGGCAGAUAGACAGCAGAUUAUGGCCCUCAGAGCCACAUUUGCAGGUCAACGCCGGUAA